AUGGCCACGCUGCUUCGCAAGGUUUUGGGAUCCGUUUCUCAGCUCUCCGGUUCGGGUUCAAGCUCGAGCUCGAGCUCCGACCCGAACAUCAUGGAGGACCUGGAUCCGUUCAAUCAGAUAAUGUAUAUACAAACUUCAUCCACAGGUGAAUUUGAUCGGAUUCCGCUGGAUAUUUUCGUGCAAAUUCAGAAAAUACUAGGCCCCAAAGAGUCGACGAAGCUGAGAGCAGUGUGUAAAUCUUGGAAAUUUAUUAUAUCGGAUAAUAAGCUUUGGAUUUAUUUUCUACAAAGUCUGCAGGAGCCUUGGGACUCUAUUUUCUUUGCCGAAAUUCACUUGCGAUCCGGUUAUGCACUUCAAACGUUCGCCGGUCAGGCAGCUCAAGUGUCAUUUAUGCAUAUUUAUGGCCAACGUGUACGGGUCCCUGGAGCUGUCAUAAUUGAUGUUGGUUCUGGAUAUUGCAAAUAUGGUUGGAGCAAGUACUCCUCUCCGUCUGGGCGGUCAGCAACAUUUAUGGAAUUUGGUAACAUUAUGUCUCCAAUGCCUUCUAGACUUGGACAUUUUUUUUCAACAAUUUGCAGCAGGAUGCAGGUGAAAACAUAUACACAACCAAUUGUUGUAUCAGUUCCAAUUUGCCAUCGUGAUGAUACUGAGUCUGCAAAAGCUUAUACAAUACAGCUGAAGGAAGCCAUCUACUCUACAUUAUUUGAUAUGAAUGUUCCCGCUGUUUGUGUUGUUAAUCAGGCAACUUUAGCUUUGUUUGCCGCAAGAAGAACUUCAGGAAUUGUUGUGAAUGUUGGCUUUCACCAAACCUCUGUUGUUCCAAUUCUACAUGGUAAAGUGAUGCACCAGGUGGGUAUAGAAGUUGAAGGAGUGGGAGCAUUGAAACUUACAGGAUACCUCAGGGACAGAAUGGAACAGAAGAAUAUCCACGUUGGAUCACUUUAUACUGUGCGCACGUUGAAAGAGAACUUGUGUUAUGUUGCUCUUAAUUAUGAAGCCGAACUCUCUAAAGAUACAGAAGCAUCUUUUCGAGUUGCAUCAGAAGGUUGGUUUACACUCUCAGAGGAGCGCUUUCAAACAGGGGAGGUUUUAUUCCAGCCUCGCAUGGCAGGAGUGCAGGCGCUGGGUAUACAUCAGGCCGUGGCACUUUGCAUGGAUCACUGCCAUGAUGCUGAAUUGACAGCGGUGGAUAGUUGGUACAAAACUGUAAUAUUGGCUGGUGGCAGUGCAUGUUUGCCGGGAUUAGCAGAAAGAUUAGAGAAAGCUAUAUGGACUUCUCCCAGCAUCUAUCUCUAG